GAUACGCCACCCAGUCAGCCACGCGAGAUCUAUCUCAAUUCUCAACUUGCUAACCUACGUAGGGUGCUUCCUUACGCACUUCCCCACCCAAAAUUCUCAUCUUCUCGCGGCGAUUCGAGCUGAGGAAAAUCUGUCCCGGCGGUUCCCUCUCUGCAACCCUACUUUAUCAGAACUUCCACAUUCUCUUUGCCACUAACGUUGGGUCUGUGGUACAGAAUGUCAUCUGUGUCUAGCCAGCCUCAGUUCCGAUACACACAGCCCCCAUCCAAGGUUCUCCAUUUAAGAAAUUUACCUUGGGAGUGUUCAGAGGAGGAACUAAUUGAAUUGGGGAAGCCAUUUGGUAAAGUUGUCAACACAAAGUGUAAUGUUGGGGCAAAUAGAAACCAAGCAUUUAUAGAAUUUGCAGAACUGAACCAAGCUAUUGCCAUGAUAUCUUAUUAUGCUUCUUCAUCAGAGCCUGCUCAAGUACGAGGAAAAACUGUCUACCUACAAUAUUCCAAUAGGCAAGAAAUAGUCAACAAUAAAACUACUGCAGAUGUUGCUGGAAAUGUACUGUUGGUGACAAUUGAGGGAAAUGAUGCACGCCUUGUUAGCAUUGAUGUUUUGCACUUGGUGUUUUCAGCUUUUGGGUUUGUUCAUAAAAUUACUACCUUUGAAAAGACAGCUGGAUUUCAGGCUCUGGUGCAAUUUUCUGAUGCUGUAACUGCUACUUCUGCAAAGGAUGCUCUUGAUGGAAGAAGCAUUCCAAGCUAUUUAAUUCCAGAACUUGGACCAUGUUCACUUAGAAUUACAUAUUCUGCACACACUGAUUUGACUGUGAAGUUUCAGAGCCAUCGCAGCAGGGACUACACCAAUCCUCUCCUUCCUGUUGCUCCCUCGGCUAUAGAUGCAAACUCUCAGUUCAGCGUGGGAUUAGAUGGAAAGAAAUUAGAGCCUGAGAGUAAUGUUCUUCUUGCUUCUAUCGAGAACAUGCAAUAUGCAGUAACCUUAGAUGUCUUGCAUACGGUUUUUGCAGCUUUUGGGCCUGUCCUAAAGAUUGCCAUGUUUGAUAAGAAUGGGGGUCUACAGGCUUUAAUCCAAUAUCCUGAUGUUCAGACAGCUGUUGUUGCAAAGGAAGCCCUGGAAGGACACAGCAUUUAUGAAGGAGGUUAUUGCAAACUUCAUAUUACUUACUCUCGACACACUGAUCUCAGUAUAAAGGUGAACAAUGACCGAAGCAGAGAUUACACAAUUCCAAAUGCCCCCAUGUUGAAUGCUCAACCAUCAAAUUUGGGGCAACAACCGCCUCCUUCGGUGGGAGGUCCUGGCGGUCAUCCAUACAACGGGAAUCAGUAUGGUCACGCUCCAGCCCUCGAUGGUCAUGCAGCACCUCAGCCUUCAGGCUCGUGGAACUCGGGCAAUGUCGGAGGACCUCCACCUAUGGGCAUGCAGAUGCAUAAUUCUCCAUACAUGCCGUCUGCAAGCGGUCCCCAAGGGUAUAACCAAAGCGGGCCACCACACUCGGCUAACAUGCCUCCAUAUCAGCCGCGAUAGCUUUGUUUGAAAUAACAACACUUCUAAAAGACUAAUAGGCCAUUUUCACUGCAAACUGCUUCUUACUUUGGUUUGUGGCCUUGUGGUUUUCGGAUUUUUAUGUAAGCUCUGAGCAUUUUGCAAUCGGGUGGUUUCUUCUUCACUUAUCAUAGGUUCACUCCACCUUAAAUUGCUAUGAAGAACUCUUAUCAUUCAGAAAUUUGACUUGGCAUUAAUUGUAU